GCUUGCGAGGACAAGAACGAACAUUGUAAAUCCUGGGCAUUUAACGGUGAAUGCGGAAAAAAUCCAAAGUACAUGCUGUUCAAUUGCCCCGAAAGUUGCAAAGUCUGUCCAGGUAUGCAUGAUGCUCAAGAAGUGAAAUAGAUUACCCAAAACUUUUUAAGAUUUUGUAAUAAUAGAUCCACGUCAUGCUUUUUUCUCUCUUUUUUAUGCUUACAUUUUCAAUCUGCUGCCAAUUUAUAUACACCAAUGGGCAUUCCCUGAAUUUUCAAUCAUAGUGAUAUUCUUCAAAAAAUGUUCAAGCUCUUCCCCCCUCCCCCCGACUCCUUCCCCGAUGGACACCUCUAUAUAACUGUUAGCUUUCUUUGUAGUCACCAUGACGGUUCAGCAUUAAAUUUGGGUGAUUUGUGUAAAGACUUCAAACAAAGAGACCUUUUGCGUUUAUUAGCGCAUGCCAUAUACCACAAUGGAUGAGUUCUCGUUGAAUUUAAAUGCAAUCCUCUGUGUAGGCCCUCGUAAUUACAGCUCUUUCUCUCACUGAAAUGACUUGCAUGGGAAUUAAUUCACAAGGAACAAGUGGGAAGGCGAGAUUAGGAAAAAAGAAAAGGUCCGGUAGCAUGGGUGACCAGGCAUGAUGAGAUCCUGAUUCAGGGGUAUGUGAUUCAAACAGAAAUGUUAAUGAAAUCUGAUAAGAUUAAGCGAUGCACGUACAUGUAUAUUGCUUUACUUUUUUCCGUCAGCUUGCCAGGAUAAGAACGAACAUUGUAAAUCCUGGGCAUCGAGCGGUGAAUGCCAAAAAAAUCCAGGGUACAUGUUGUUCAAUUGCCCCGAAAGUUGCAAAGUCUGU